AUGUCCUCGUCAGAACGGUACGACGAAUUCACCAGGAAACGUCAAGCCGAAGAACGAAAACUGAUCGAAGAAAUCAGAUACAAACGUUCGUGCAUCAAGCUAGCAACCACGUUCCCGUCUGAAGAAGACAUCCAAAAAACAAUAUGUAGAUUUGUUAACUCAAUUGUAUAUAUUGUAUCAUCCAACACUCUCUCUGAGGAAUUCGCUGAAAUACGCGGAUCUCGAGCCAGACUUUUCGCAAGCUUGGACGCGGCGCUCUACAAGAGCCGUCUACAAAACGUGCAUCUACAAGUUCGAAACACCUUGGACAGGAUUCAAAGCGCAUUUGAAGCAUUAUCUAUGGCUUACGAAGUCUACGGACUUCUCGUUCUGUCAGACGAGUCACUCGCGAUUUCUCGCGUGUGUUUUUACGAUAAGAGGGAGCAAGGUGUGACCUUAGAUCCAGCAUUCACAUCGGAUUUCGUUCGCAAAGAGGUGGACUUCCUCACGGAAUUAGAGCAUCAAAUUCAAAGCGAAAUAAGAGAUGCGGGAUUCCAAGAAGAAAGCGAAACCCAUGAAAGCGCAUGGAACCAGGUCAAGGAACUACUCAUCACUAUAUAUAAAGAUAUAGGAGAGCUGAAACAGAAGACCAUCAGUCAAGACGAAACAAUUAAGAGCAUCUCAGAACGGAUUGAUUCCCUCUGUACCGCCAAGGCAACUCGUGAACAGGAACCUGACUUGGACUCUAGGGUUCGAUCGGAAAAGGAGCAAAACGAACACAUAAAGAGAGAGAGACGAGCAUCUUCAGAGCACGAAAAUGAGUCUCUCCACGACAACGAAACAUCCGAAACCAAAGGAAAGGAGAUAGAACCAGAAGAAGAUCUAGAGCUCAUGGACGAUAACGAUUUCGAACUUGAUAACGAACCCGAGGACCUGGAGCUGAGAAGACCCACAGGUUAUCCCGGCCACUUCCAAAGGCUUGAACUCGAAGAACGCAUGACAGAACUGUGGGCAUUCCUGAGGAGCCAUCGAGAAGUCCCUGAGCGGAAAUUUCGUGAAAUCGACAUAAUGAGGGAGCAGGACUGCUAUCUCAUCUGCUCUUUCUGCUUAGCUAAGGGACAGCACUACUCAGAUAGUUGUCCAGUAUACACCAGCGUAGAA